UGCCACGGUGACCCGGCACUAGCCCCGCCCGCUGCCUGCAUCCGGAGAGGAAGAGGUACGAUGUUGGGGCUUUCUGUGUUUCGAGGGGCUAACCUCCUGAAGGCGCGGAGCCUAUUAUCAGCUGCUUGCAUUCGAGCGGUUCAUGGACAUGAGGUUGUUAAACAGGAAGACAUGUCACUGCCGAUGUACUGUGACAGGAAGGAUACACCACUCCCCGAUAUUCCCUACUUUACGAAGUUGAGUGCAGAGCAGAAGGCCCUGAAAGAAAAAGAGAAGAGCUCGUGGACAGAUCUGACCAAUGAAGAGAAAGUCGCAUUGUAUCGUAUUGCUUUCAACCAGACCUAUACGGAGAUGAACAAAGUGAGCAAUGAGUGGAAGUCUGUGGUGGGUGGUGUGUUUGUUUUCAUCGGAUUUGCUGGCCUGAUCGUGUUGUGGCAGCGGUACUACGUUUAUCCUGAUCGACCACAAACCUUCAGUGCGGAGUGGCAGGAAAAGCAAGCCAAGAGAAUGUUGGACAUGCAGAUGAACCCUAUCGAGGGAUUCGCCUCCAAAUGGGAUUACGAGAAGAACGAGUGGAAGAAGUGAUCAUUUUCAGUCUGGCGCCAGCAGAUCCUCACUCACCACUGGAACUGUUCUAAAUGGCCAACCUUCAUCCUGUCAGUUUCAAAGUAAAAUGUAAAAUAAUCUCAAAUGCCCUAAGCAGCAUUUAAAUACUGAAAUGUCAUAGCAUUUAUAAUGCAACUUAUAAUAAAGGUUGCUCUUAUAAAAUACUGUUGUUGAAGUAUGGUAAAUAUUGCCAGCACAAUUCACGGAAUGGAUGUUGUCAAUUAAAACAGCCCUUCUUGGUGGAGUAUC